AUGCCUCAGUUACUGCGAAACAUUAACGGGAUCAUCGAGGCCUUUGGGCGCUACGCCGGGACAGAGGGCAGCUGCUCAGUGCUCACUCGCGGGGAGCUGAAAAGACUGUUGGAGCAUGAGUUUGCUGAUGUCAUUGUGAAACCCCACGAUCCAGCCACUGUAGAUGAAGUCCUGCACCUGCUGGAUGAAGAUGACACAGGGACUGUGGAAUUCAAGGAAUUCUUGGUCUUGGUGUUUAAAGUUGCCCAGGCCUGUUUCAAGACACUCAGUGAGAGUUCUGAGGGAGCUUGUGGAUCUCAAGAGGCUGGAAUUUGCCACCCUGGGGCCUUGCAAGAGCUGGGGGAGGGGCAGAGAAGUGGCACUGAAGUGGGAAGGGUUGGGAAAAGGCAGCAUCAGGAGGGGAGCAGCUGUGGACAGAGUGAGCAGGCUUCCAGAGGGCAGGGCAGGGCUGGGGCUCAGACCCAGGGUCAGGACAUCACCUCCACUCAGGUCAGUAGCCAUGGUAGGCAGGCUGAGUCUCAGAGACAGGAGAGUGCAAGCCAGCAGACACAAACCAGGGGGCAUGUGGAGCAGACCCAGAGGGUAAGAGAAGAAAGGAGUUAUCAGACCAGAGAGAGGAAGUCAGAGAGACAGUCACAGGCCAGGGAACAGGACAGAGCCCACCAGACAGGUGAGACCAUGACUGCAACUGGAACUCAAUCCCAGGACAAGAGUCAUCAGACAGGAAACACCAGCACCCAGACACGGGAGUCCACCAUUGGCCAGACCAGAGUGCCUGAGACCCACAGUCAAGACAGGAGCCAGACCAGCCAGGUCGUGACAGGUGGACACAUUCAGACACAGGCAGGGUCAUACUCCCAGACCAUGGAGCAGGACAGGAGCCAUCAGACAGGAAACACCAGAACCCAGACACGGGAGUCAACCAUUGGCCAGACCAGAGGGCCUGAGACUCACAGUCAAGACAGGAGCCAGACCAGCCAAGUCGUAACAGGUGGACACAUUCAGACACAGGCAGGGUCUCACUACCAGACUGCAGAGCAGGACAGGAGCCAUCAGACAGGAAACACCAGCACCCAGGCACGGGAGUCCACCUGUGGCCAGACCAGAGGGCCUGAGACCCAUGGUCAGGACAGGAGCCAGACCAGCCAGGUCGUGACAGGCGGACACAUUCAGACACAGGCAGGGUCACACUUUCAGACCACGGAGCAAGACAGGAGCCAUCAGACAGGAAACACCAGCACCCAGACACGGGAAUCCACCUGUGGCCAGACCAGAAGGCCUGAGACCCACAGUCAAGACAGGAGCCAAACCAGCCAGGUUGUGACAGGAGGACACAUUCAGACACAGGCAGGGUCACACUUCCAGACCGUGGAGCAGGACAGGAGCCAUCAGACAGGAAACAGCAGCACCCAGACACGGGAGUCCACCAUUGGCCAGACCAGAGGGCCUGAGACCCACAGUCAAGACAGGAGCCAAACCAGCCAGGUUGUGACAGGAGGACACAUUCACAAGCAGGCAGGGUCACACUUCCAGACCACAGAGCAGGACAGGAGCCAUCAGACAGGAAAAACCAGCACCCAGACAUGGGAAUCCACCUGUGGCCAGACCAGAGGGCCUGAGACCCACGGUCAAGACAGGAGCCAGACCAGCCAGGUUGUGACAGGAGGACACAUUCAGACACAGGCAGGGUCACACUUCCAGACCGUGGAGCAGGACAGGAGCCAUCAGACAGGAAACACCAGCACCCAGACACGGGAGUCCACCAUUGGCCAGACCAGAGGGCCUGAGACCUACAGUCAAGACAGGAGCCAGACCAGCCAGGUUGUGACAGGAGGACACAUUCACAAACAGGCAGGGUCACACUUCCAGACCGUGGAGCAGGACAGGAGCCAUCAGACAGGAAACACCAGCGCCCAGACACGGGAGUCCACCAUUGGCCAGACCAGAGGGCCUGAGACCCACAGUCAAGACAGGAGCCAAACCAGCCAGGUUGUAACAGGUGGACACAUUCAGACACAGGCAGGGUCUCACUCCCAGACUGUGGAGCAGGACAGAAGCCAGACUACAAGCCAUGUAGGGGUUAGAGAACAGGGACAGACACAGACACAGUCAUGCAGUGGUGAAAGAUGGACACAAGUGAGAAACUACAAGGCAGGAGAGACAGUGCUGGGAGGACAGGCCCAGACUGGGGCAUGCACUGAGACAGGAAGACAGAACUGGAGCAGCACUCAUCAAAGCAGCAGUGUGGCAGGAGGACAGGAAGAGAGGGAGCCCAGGGUGAUUGGCCAGGAGUGGGUUGAUGAACACACAAGGGAGACAGUGAUCCAAAGGCAGGGCCAGGGCAGCCUGCACACCAGAGUUCCUUCAGCACAGGGCCAGGCCACAGCCCAGCUGGAAGGCAAGCGAGCCAUCACAGCUAGGGGGCUGUACUCCUACUUCAAAAGUAACAAGCCAUAA